AACUAAACAAACGUUGAAGAGGGAAGUGAGAGAGAGCUAGUUGUAGUAGCAGCCAACAGUUGGGGUGUAAGCCCAAUUAUAUAGUCUUGAUAUAUCCUAGGGCAAUUCACAGUGAUGCUGACAUUACGGUGUAGUUGGCUAUGUAGAGAAAUGGCUAACUAGGAGGCUAGUCAUAAGUAGUUUGCGUCGUGAUAAGCCAGUUAAAGUUAGCGUUUGGCAAGUUAGCCUACCAAACAACACUCCAUUUCAUUUAAUCAGUCUAGGUGAAUGGGAUGGAGCAAGAGGUCCUGUCAGACAGUCUGGAAGCAAUGAGCUUGGACGGUAGGAGCGACAUGCAUACAUUCAGGUUACAUAUGGUCACAUGGAACGUGGCGACAGCAGAGCCUCCAGAUGACGUCAUCUCCUUGCUCAAGCUACAUUCCCCAAAGACUCCAGAUCUUUAUGUGAUAGGACUCCAGGAAGUGAGAGCUGCCCCUCUGAAGUUUGUGACCGACUUGGCCUUUGAUGACUCCUGGAGCCAUCUCUUCAUGAACACGCUAGCUCCGCUGGGCUACGUAAAGGUGUCCUCCAUUAGGAUGCAGGGGCUCCUCCUGCUCUUCUUCUGCCGCCUGGAACACGUCCCUUUCAUCCGAAACAUCCAGGUCUCCUACACCCGCACGGGCAUGUUUGGCUACUGGGGAAACAAGGGAGGUGUCUCCAUGCGUUUGUCCUUCUACGGCCACAUGCUGUGUUUCCUAAACUGCCACUUGGCCGCCCACAUGAACUACGCCUCGCAGCGGGUGGACGAGUUUGAGUACAUCCUGGAUAAUCAGACCUUCAACUCAAAGGACACGCCGAAUAUCCUCGAUCACAAAGUGGUCUUUUGGUUCGGGGAUUUGAAUUUCCGAAUCGCCGACCAUGGAAUGCAUUUUCUACGCACCUGCAUCACCAGCCAGCGCUUCAACCUCCUAUGGUCCAAGGACCAGCUUACGAUGAUGAAACAGCAAGCAGCUAGCCUUCAGGAGUUCGAAGAGGGACCGCUCGACUUUCAGCCGACUUAUAAAUUUGACCUGCACUCUGAUAACUAUGACUCCAGUGGCAAGAAGAGAAAGCCAGCGUGGACCGACCGGAUCCUGUGGAGGGUGAAUGCCAGGGCUUCGCCUGCCACCGAGGACGAGAGGGACGGCAGCGAGGCGGGAAGCUCCGAGAAGGCCCAGCAGCAGGCAUCGGUAGCUGGGGAAGAGGGCGAGGAGCAUUCACUGAAGGUGAAACAGGACAUCUACACGUCCAAUAUGGAGUAUGGCGUCAGCGAUCACAAGCCUGUCAUUGGUACCUUCCAUCUAGAGCUGAAGAAGAUGUACAACACCCCACUGGUCCAAGUGAGUGCGGAGGGAGACUGGAGCGCAGACUUUGAUGCCAUGGUGACCUACACCAUCCUGCAGCCUUUCCCCUCAAGUGCCUGGGACUGGAUUGGACUCUAUAAGGUUGGUUUCAAGAGCACAAUGGACUACAUUACCUACACAUGGGUGAAGGAUGACCAGGUCUCUCUUAAUGAUGAACGUGUACAGGUGUAUGUGAGCAAAGAUGAAAUUCCUGUCCUUGGUGGUGAAUGUAUGCUGUGCUACUUCAGCAGCAACUUGCAGUGCAUUGUGGGGAUCAGCGAACCAUUUAAGGUGCAUGAGUCUAGAGUUGCUAUAGAAGAAGGUUUGGUGCCUGAGAAUGUCAACGGAUUGGACCAAGCAGUAUCAAGUUGAAGAGGACGAUCCCACGAAAUCCACGUCAUCACUGUCGUGUGUCCGUAGGCUGAGCCAAACCAGCACCGGACCUUGGAAACCCAAGAAUUAUGGGAAACAAGUGCAUUUUAAAGAAAAUCAGUUCAUCAGUUUUUAAUCUAUCAUGCUAACGUGCUGCAUUCGGUUACAGUGACAGGAAAUAAUUUGAGACCGCACAUACAGUUUGCCUUAACAUUCUUGGCUCUUAAAAGGUUUGGUGGAAAUGUUUGCAUAGGGUUCUAUAGUUGCCUAUAGUAACUGUACUCCAGUUAGGAAGUUAAACAGCCAUUUUUGAGAUUGUCAGUGUUUUUAAUUGAAUAUAAUGGAAGUACUGUAGAACUGAUAUUUUGUAUGCUCAGAUAAUGUAUCUUUCUUGAUCUGUUAAGCGCACUUUUGUAGUCCUUUUGCCAUUCAAUUUCAGUGUAUAAUUUGGUCUUGUUUCAGCAGGUCAAUUUUACAGAUGUUAUCAGUUUACCUGUGCUAUAGGAGAGAUAUAUGUAUGUAUAUAUACAGAUAUAUUUUAGUCAUAUUGCUUAUGGCAAAGGAUGGUUGUUUUCGAAAAUAUUUAUGAAAGAUACACAUGUAUAUUUAUUUGCUUAUGGUCUGAGUUAACCAAGUGUCUGGAACACAUCAACUGUAAAAUGAAUGAUAUCAAAAGGUGUAGUAAGUAAUAUUGUUAUCAGAAACAGUGCUUUUAUUCUGAAGGCAAGUUUUAUUUAUGUUUUUUUUUUUAAAGAAGAAAACAUUUUCUGUGCCUCUCAGCUAAGUCAUUCAUGCUGCUGAAAAAAAUAAAUAAUCAAUUAAAAAUACAUUUGAUAUACAAUACAACCGA